AGCAAGCCAUGACCCCCAGGGAUCAAAAAGUCGAUGCCACCCACGCUGCCCCCGAUGCCCCAUCUCUCAGGAUGUCCCAGUUGUCCUCCAACUUGAAGCGCUGUUUAGAUUCAUCCCGCUACUCAGAUAGUUCCUACAGCAAGAACCCCACCGGCUAUGGCGCCUACUCCUCGUACACUUCUAACCUGUCCUCCUCCUAUCUGGACAAAGAUAAAGUCAACUAUAAGCCCAGCACGACCUCUGGCAUGUUGGCCUCCAGUUACUUGAGGACUUCAGGAGCAACGACCUCCUCCUCUUCCUUGAACUAUGAUGGGGGCGGGCGCCUGCUCCAGCGCCCAGACUCUGGCACCAGACUGAGCCCCAGUUACGGUCGGGUCCCAGUGAGACCGCCUGGCAGCGGAGGCCUGAGUGGCGGAUCCAGCUACUCAUUUGGCAGCACAGCCUCCACCAGCUACAACACCGCUUUGGGCCGCAAAAAAUCCAGCAGCCAUUCGGACUUGGCGCGAGACUUGUCCGGCAUGCACUUGUUCGACUCAUACCGUGUUGACUCCACCACUCGGGGCCCCACCAUUGCACGGACCCGGCAGGAGUUAUGCACCCUGCAGGGUUUUUACCAGCAGGCCGCCAGGCGCUCGGAUUACGUCAAGGAUUAUCUGGAGUCCUACAACCGCAAAGGGGGCCGCUCGCCGGUCAGUCCUCAUGGCAGCAACCCAGAGGUCAUCACCCCCACCUUCCGCCCCACCAGCAACAGUUCCCUUCAGCAGUGGGAACGGACAGAUAGUCGAACAGACAUCCUAGCCAGGGAGUCUUCGAACUCCAAGACGGUGCAGGGUCUGACUGGCCUCCGUAACCUCGGCAACACAUGUUUUAUGAACUCAAUCCUUCAGUGUUUGAGUAACACCAAAGAGCUUCGGGAUUACUGCCUCCAAAGCCAGUACCUCCGAGACCUCAACAACAACAGCCGCAUGCAGAUGGCCCUUAUGUCAGAGUUUGCCAAGCUCAUCCAAGCAUUGUGGACGUCCUCUCCUAAUGAGUCCGUGAGUCCUUCCGAAUUCAAGACUCAGAUCCAGAGAUACGCCCCUCGCUUUGUUGGCUACAACCAACAAGACGCUCAGGAGUUCCUGCGGUUCCUCCUCGACGGGCUCCACAGUGAAGUGAAUCGGGUACUGGUGCGCCCCAAGGCUGGCACUGAUAACUUGGACCAUCUCCCUGAUGAUGAAAAAGGGAGGCAGAUGUGGAUGAAAUACCUGAACAGAGAAGACAGCCGGAUUGGGGAUCUAUUUGUGGGGCAGCUGAAGAGCUCCUUGACAUGUGGUGCCUGCGGAUACUGCUCUACGGCCUUUGAUCCCUUCUGGGACCUGUCGCUGCCCAUUGCCAAGAAGAGCUACGGGGAGGUGAACUUGAUUGACUGCAUGCGGCUCUUUACCAAGGAGGACGUGCUGGACGGAGACGAGAAGCCCACUUGUUGCCGCUGCAAGGCCAGGACGAAGUGCACGAAGAAGUUCAGCAUCCAGAGGUUCCCCAAGAUCCUAGUGCUGCACCUGAAGCGUUUCUCUGAAGCCCGGAUGAGAUCCAGCAAGCUCACCACCUUUGUAAACUUCCCGCUCAAGGAUCUAGACCUGAGAGAGUUUGCUUCCCAAAGCUGCAAUCAUGCUGUUUACAACUUGUACGCCGUCUCCAACCACAGUGGGACCACCAUGGGGGGCCACUACACGGCAUACUGCAAGAACCCCGUGUCUGGAGAGUGGCACGCUUUCAACGACUCCCGGGUCACGCCGCUCUCUUCCAGCCACGUCCGGAGCAGCGAUGCCUACUUGCUCUUCUACGAGCUCGCCAGCCCAUCUUCGCGCAUGUAGCUCCCCCAGGCCCCCUCCCUUCACCCCGUCCCUGCGGAGGGAAGGGAGCUUGGCACCAGCUCGUUGACAGAGACACCCAGGACAACUGGGGCUCUUGAGGGAUUUUUCUAAGCUGGUUUUUUUUUUCUUAAAAAAGAAAAACAAAACAUCCAAAAAAAAGUGGGAGAAAGAGAGUCCUAAUAAAGCAUUGACUUAUGAUGCCGACUUUUACGGACAGGCCUUUGUCCUGCUUCAGGGCUAAUCCCGAAGAGUCACUCAGCACAGCAGCAUGGCCUUGCGGACUCCGGGGACAGAACCACCGAUGGGGCAGCGCUUGGCUCCCCAAAUCUCCUACAGAUUAGGGAAGGGUUUGCAUUUUUUCCUUUCUUUUUCUCUUUCUCUCCCUUUUAUUCUCUCUUACUCUCUUCUUUCAUUUCCCCCCCUCUCCUCUCUUUUGGUGUGUAAUAAACCAUGAACAGUUGUUCUUGUGGGGCAGGAACCUGUCUGUCCCAUUUUAUCUACACAACCCGUUCUCUUCCCCAAGCUGCUCCCUUGCCGGAAAAAGGCCCAUUGAGAAGGAAUGUGAGUGGCGCUUCGAGGAACAAGGCCACCAUCUUCCCGACUUUGGACAACCGUCUUUUCUUCUCCGUGUCCGACGGCACCACCUGGAGAGUGCCGAUGAACAUUGCAGCUUAGAAACUGUUCAAAUUGCACUAGGAUUCUGGGUCAGCAUUUCUGCACAGAUGGCUGGGUGCGCACCUGGGGAAAGGCCACUCGUCCAACCCAUCAAAGAGGACAGCCGCUUUAGCUGUCCUCUCCUCCCAGUCACGGGUGCACGCUGUGUCAACGUUUCGCAGAAGGCAGCUUUGAGGGCAGCUUCGUAGAACCCGCAAUGGGUGCACCAGCUUGAUUUCUAACUGGAGCUGCGGAUCUGGAAUAACUGUAACCGUCACUCCCUUAUGUUUUGAGGGAUGCCUGUUGGUUGUGUUUUGUUUUAUUUUUAAACAAACUUUGUCCAAAAAACAACAACUUUUGACUGGAAUUUUAGGAACUAUGACAAAGAGGACAUGGGGGGGGUUGGGGGAAUGGAUUUUUAACUGCCUCCUUUCACGACAGUGCCUUAAACCCUCUGGGGAAGACGUGAGGUAUUCAAAAUGAACAAAAAUGCUCUUUGAAGGAGGGCUAGGUGCAAGCAUGGCAAAUGCUUCCUGCUUUCCCUACAGACAAUCAGGCACCCCCCCCCCCCCACACUGAUGUCGUGGGACAAAGUCCUCUCCAACCCGUUCAGAAAUGCUUCGGGCAUUCGGUCUGGGCCAAGUGCCAGAGGUGACCGGGACGAUCCCAGUGACACGUUGGCUGGGAUUGGCAUUGCUUUGGACUUUCUGAGGUAACAAGUCCUCGCUACAGGCUGGGGGUGGGGGCAAUGACUUCUCCUGCCAUCUCCACGUCCCUCGCAGAGGUUAAGGAACUGAGCCAGUCUCCGGUCAGCUGAUGAACGUCAGUAGCCUUAUUUGACCUUUUGUCUUAGUGAUUCCCUUCACACACAAGCGCUGAGCCUUUUGAUGCUUGCACAGGCCGUCUGGUAUUGUACUUGAUGGGCUCGAAAAACCCACACAGGACUUUGAAUGGUUUUGUGAUAGGCAAUCGUUCAACGGGUGUGAACAUUUUCUUAUUGCUGCAUUUCACUAAGGGGGGCAGGAGGGGGGGAAUGAUCCAUAGGGAUGAAUAUUUUUUUUUCUUGUUAUGAAGCUGCUGACAGCACAAGAGUUCAACUUAGGAAACAGUGGGGGGCAAACUGAGCCCCUCAGGGUCCUAUAAGGCAGACCCCCUCAGUGAGCAUACUGUUCGACUGUUUCCACUUCCUGAGAUGACUGCAAAAUUCCCUCCAUACUUUCCGUACAUCCCUGGAGCAAGCUGAACCCAAUGCUCGUGUGUUCCCACCCCCCUCAACCCGUUGUAGAGGGUCCCUUUGUUUCAGCUUGUUCUUGGCCAUUCUCUCGGGCAACAGCCCCCCCCCCCCCGCCAGGCAUGUUCCCCAUAAAUUGAAGGCCCAAUCCACUCCUGUGUCAUUUCCCUGUGAAACCCACCCCCUCUGGGCCACUUCAGUGGCUUCAAAGGGAAAGUCCUCUCUUUUUUUUGCCCCCCUCUUUGCAGUUUUCACUCCAAGGUCAACGUAGAUAGGGGUAAAGAGCCCCCCCCCCUCACAGGGGAACAGAGAGGGUAAUGCAAGAUGUUCAGGGUUUGCAAGAGGAGAGAAGCCCCCUCUCAGCACCUUUCAGGUUGAUUUACCGUCUUGUUUACUGUGUAAGCAAGAAUAGGGGAAAGGCUCCUGUCAUUCAGAAGGGAGACUUGUACAGAAAUAAAAUUGGAGUGUGACAAACUCCUCACCGGGUUCUACGUGCAUUCUUGUGUAUGUACUUGUGCCUUUGAAGCGCUGCUUGUUGAUUUUGUUUCUGCCUCAGUUGUGGCCCCGCGGAGUGACCAGAAGUACACACACACAAGAUCUAUGAAUAUCCACUUUCUGGCACCUUAAGAAUGUAACAUAUUUCCUACAGUAUAAACUGUUGUGAGUCCAAACCCACUCAAUCAGAUGCAUGAAGUGUUAUUCUCAGACUACAUAUAUGUUUGUGUGCGUGUAUACACACACACAAAAGAUAAACAGAAUAGAUGGGGAGACCGGCACACCGAGCUAUUAAAAUGGCCAGCAAUAAUAAUAACAUAGAAGUCCAGUAGCAUCUUAAAGACUAACAAAAUUUAUUCUAGCUUGAGGUUUCAUGAGUCAAAGCUUACUUCUUCAGAUGCAAAUGGGGAGGAAAUCUUUUUGGAAAAUUUUAUAACAAAAUGACACAACAGGGUGGGGGGGGGAAGCAUCUGGAGCAGAGAGAUGCCAGGUGUGGAUCCUGCUAUAACUCUUUCAAGUGUGAUUUCCUCUAAGGAACUGCAACUGGUUUGGUUGUUACAUAUGAUGAAUGAUGAGAAGUCAGUCUCCAGUCUCUCAUGGGAUAGGGAUAAUCUAUUGAAGUCAGAUAAACCAAGAAAGAGGCAGAAGCAUGAGAUAAAAAUAUCAUCAGUAAAGGGUCACAGCUACAACAUGUUAAGAAAAGACAGUCCGUAUACCUAAAAAGUAGGUCCUGUCAAGCUAUUGGCAAUUAUAGUGAGUAUGGAAGUCCAGUUUAGGCUAGAGUGUGAGGAGAAUAAUUUCUUAAUGAGUUCUAAUCCAGCACUUUCAUGUUAUGUUCUUCCUUUGAAGUCUGUGGUAGAGGUGUGUGGGGGUGUGUGGAACAAUGACUUUCAGAUCUGCAACAGCAGGGAGAUCGAAGUCCAGGAUGCUUAAAUUGUUCUCCCACUGGUUUCUGAAUAUUGUUUCGUAUCAGAUGUGUGUUCCUUGAUUCUUUCACCUAGGGAACAACCCAUUUGCUCAAAUCAGAUAGUUGAAGGAUAUUGUAGAUACAGGUUGGAUGAGCCCAAGAGAUCCUUAUCCUACAGAGGCAGUAGGUAAUUGGUGAUACAUUGAACCAGUUUAAGUCCUGAGCUGUAGGUGACAGCUGGUGCUAGUCUGUUGUUACCUCCUUUGGGUUUGUCUUAUAGCCAGCAGCCUCUAGGUACCAGUCCGGCUUUAUGGAUCUGCUUCUUUACUUUACUCGGAGGAUCUCUAAAUCCUAAAAAUAUUUCCUAUAAAUCCUUCAGGUAAGGGUCCCUGUUGAGAGCAAAUGUGAUCGUAAGGCAAUGCUUGCCUGUAGACUGUGGAUCAUUGUAUGUGUUUUGGAGGGUAGCUGGAAGCAUGCAGGUGUGUUUGGCCGUUGCUGGGUUUUUGAUACAAGGUGGUGUUUAUGGGUCCAUAGCAUAGCCUCUUGGUGAUGUCCAGGAAAUGUAUUUGUUGCAUGGACUGGCCUUGAUGUGGUUGCUGCUGGGGUGAAAAUUGUUGACAUCCUGGUGUCUCUUGAGAGCUUCCUUUCCAUGAGCCCAGUUGAUGAGAAAAGGUUUUCCUAUAUGUUCCCAUGCAUCAAAUGCAGUCCUCUAGGGGUGAUCUUCUGGCCACCCCCCUACUUAAGGCGGGCUGCCUGGACUCUGCCAGAGCCCAUUCCUUUCCACUAGAGCAGGGGUGGCCAAACUGUGGCUCGGGAGCCGCAUGCAGCUCUCCUAGACAUAUUGUGCGGCUCCCUGAGGUCUCUGAGUAUCGCCAUGGCUGUACAGUUUUUUUAGUUUAGUUUAUUUCCUUCCCUCCCUUCUCUUCUUUCCUUCUUUCUUUCCAUGUCUUUCCCUCCCUUUCCUUCUUUCCUUCUUUCCAUUCUUUAAUAUUUUCAAUAAAAAUGUUGAGGUUGCCAGGUCCGACUCAGAAAAUACCUGGGGACUUUGGGGGUGAAGCCUAGCAAGGAUGUGAUGUCACUUUUGUCAAAGGUCAGGUGAUGGCUCUUCCCAAGCUCCACCCCUUCUGAUUAUGUCACUUCCAGCAUACUGCUCCAAAACCCCACCCCUUCCUGUGAUGUCACUUUCACGGCACUCCCCCAAACCCGCCUCUUCCUCUGAAGUCACUUCAGUACUUACUGUCUUGCGGCUCUCAAACAUCUGAGGUUUAUGCUAUGUGGCUCUUACAUUAAGCAAGUUUGGUCACCCCUGCACUAGAGGCUCCUACUGUGUGGAACAAAUUCCCAGAGGAGGAGGUCGUCCAGAGAAGUUUUUAGGGGGUGCUACAAGGAAAAGCGGCAGACAGUUUCAGAGUAUACCAGUGAAUACGAGGAUCGUUCCUCUAGAGAACGCUUAAAGAAACAGGUGAAUGUUCCACAGGAAAGGUUUUUAUUCACAGAGUGAUAAAGAGCAAUUGCAUAAAACACAAUACACAUGCAGAGCUAACUGAAAAACAGAGGAAAUGGGAGGGCAGUUCAGCAAAUGUGUGAUAUUUACCAGUCUUGAAGAUGGGGUCACCGCCUUGUGAAUGUCUAGUUACUGGGCGGGGAUAGGUAGUAUUGUAGUUGCUUUCUUGCUUCCCUGUGAUUUGCUAGGCUUUGUUGCCGUUUGAGCUGAGCAGUGUUAUCAGUACAGCUGGGACUGAGCAUCUGGGAACCAACCAGCCUUGAGAAACUCAACUUUGCAUCUCUGCCAGGAUUCUCACGCUUUGCAGCUCCACGCCAACUUCAACUGACUGUCAUUUGAACUGUGGGGAGGAGACGGGGGGGGGACUUUUCUGGGAGGACUUUGCUUUGGCAUUCCAGGCAAUUGCUAUGUACAGUAUAUUUCUAGGGAGCAA